GAUAACAUUUAAUAGCUGGUUUGGCGACUACCAAAAAUCCCAAAGAAGAAGAAGAACAAUUUCCGGCGCUAGCCAUCACCCUUUCCGGUGCUCAACCUGAGUCUUCAUGAUCCUCAUUUAGCAAAUCACUCUCUUUUCUGAAAUAUUCACUUUACCUAGUGACCAUUUGCAGUUCUAAUUAACCAGGAGCACCAUGGCAGAGGCCAUUCAAAAGAAACUCAACGCUGAGUUGGAAAAAUACACUCAGAUGCAAAAAGAUGUGAGCAAGAGCAUGGCUGCCCGACAGAAGCUGGAAACGCAACUUGCAGAAAAUAAUAUCGUUAAAGAGGAGCUUGAUAUUCUAGACAGUGCAAACACGGUUUACAAAUUGAUUGGCCCAGUUUUGGUCAAACAAGACUUGGACGAGGCCAAAGCGACAGUGACCAAAAGAUUGGAAUACAUCAAUGGAGAGAUUCAGCGGUACGACACACUCCUCAAAGACUUGGAGAAGCAGUCCGACCAACACCGACAGAUUCUAUCCAGUUUACAACAGGAGUUUAAGAAAGCGCAAGGCCUCCCUGUGGGCAAAGUCUGAGGACUUUCGAUACAUCCGCCCUCACGUACUCGCUUCAGUGGGACACUUAACUCACGGGUGGCUGAGUUUGAAGAAGUGAUGCUUAAUUGCAUCUCGGUCAUUAAUUUGCAGCUUUACUGUUGCGACUCAUGUUUUUAACAAAUAAACUUUUUUUUUUUUCAUGAAACUGUUCAAUGCUUGUCAUCUCUGCCAUUUUAUUGCCAUUGACGCCACUAGACGUCCAAUCCACUUGGACUGGGAUGGGCUGUCAGUAGCACCUUAAUGGUAACCAAUAAGUCAAUGUCCACAGCACGGCAGAAAUAUUCCUCUUUUUUUGAUUUCAGUCCAGUAGUGUGAAUUUGCCACUUAAGCUAUUGGUGCGCAUGGGCAUCGCCAGAUAAUUCAUUGGGGCACGUGCCCCAGUAUAAAUUUCACCAGUAAAAUAAAUAAAAUAAUUUGAAGUUUUAAGUCUAUCUAGCAUAAAUUACAGAAUGUGCCUAUAUAAUAUGGUCAUAUUACUCUAUUUGCUCCAUAUACACAAUCUGCACAUGGCUCCUUAAUAUGGUAAUUUCUGCAUGUAACUUUGGCUGUGAUAGGCAUAUGAAGUUAAUUCUUCAAGGGAUACUUCCACAAAGCACUUUCGGGAGAUAGGCUGCGUUCAAGUGUAUCGGGAGAUCUAAGUUCCCAAGUUGGAAAAUUGUUCUGAUGUGUUGUAAAGUUGUAAUGUGGGACAAAAACAUGGUUUCUUCAAAGAAGUAUAGCCCAUUUUAAUGCUCUAACGAUACAUCACAAGUUAAGUGACUGUUGGUUGCUUUUUAUAUACACCAUGUCGUAGAGACAUAUUUUUUUAUUAACAAGACAUGAAUGCAGUAUCAAUAUUACGGUACGCGUGCCACUCAUACGGUCGAGGUGCAAAUUACACCUUCCCACCUGCUUUAAAGGUUAGUGCCAAAUAAACUGUCCAUCCUUGUUCGUUUUUACCUCUGUUUUGAUGUACGUUUGGUUGCCUAUUCCCAUGAAUUGUGAAUUUAAAUGGUUCAAAUUUACUCUUUACGUACUAGUUUUGGCCAGCAGUGUAAACACUUUUAGGUCACAACCUACCAGUUGAAAAACACUAAUUAAUUGCACAACAGUUACAGUGAUAUAUCCUUAUUUAUGUCCAGACAAAGUAGAGCAGCAGAGUGUAGGAAGAGGUGAAGGAGAGAUGGAAUUUGAUGAGCAUGAGCAGAGGUGAAUCGACUAUCA